GCCUAAUUUUUGGCCAUGCAGGCCACCCUCUUGUUUCCCUGCAGGAAGGCGCAGUUAGUGCACCGUAGCGCAGGCGUUGCAGUCCAGUUUAUGGAUGUUUCUCCUCUUUGCCCCCAGGACCUCUUCCUGCGGCUGGUGCCCCACGAGUGCCUGGGCUCCUUGUGGUCUCAGCGGGACAAGAAGGGCCACGAAGGGGCCUGCCCCACGGUCCGGGCCACGGUGGCCCAGUUCAACCUGGUGGCCAGAGCGGUGGUCUUCUCCUGCCUGGGGGACACGGGGCUCAGGGCUGCCCAGCGUGCGCGGCUCCUGGAGAAGUGGAUCCAGGUGGCGGAGGAAUGCUUCUUCCUCCGGAACUUCUCCUCGCUGUACGCCGUGGUCUCGGCCCUCCAUUCCACGCCUUUGCACCGCCUCAAGAGGACCUGGGAGGAGACCUCCAGGGACUGCCUCCGCUGCUACGAGGAGCUCAGCGCCAUCUGCUCCGAGGAGGACAACUACAGCCAGAGCCGGCGGCUCCUCUUCCAGGAAGGGGCGCCCAGAGGAUUCGGUGCGGAUCUUGCCACGCGGAGGCAUCAACGGCGGUCCCUAGAGCAGCGACCAACAGGGGUGGUCCCCUACCUGGGCACUUUCCUGAAGGACUUGGUGAUGUUGGAUGCAGCAACACGAAACCGGCUGAAGAACGGGUACAUUAACUUCGAGAAGCACCGAAAGGAGUUUGAGAUCCUGACCCAGCUGCGCCUCCUGCAAGCCAACUGCCGCAACUACGCCUUGAACCCAGACCCGGUGCUCCGCGGCUGGUUCCGGCGCCUGCCCAGCCUCAGCGAGACCCAAAGCUACCAGCUUUCCUGUGCCAUUGAGCCUCUGGGAGAAGGAGGGACCCCAGCCAAACCCGUGAAGCCCACCCUGGUUAUCACCCACUGCACCGACCUCCUUGCCUCCCUCAGCAUGAGCACCCUGGUUCCCUGGGACCAACCCUGCUCCCCGAACCCUCCUCCGGACCUUCUCCUUCCGCCUCUGUCAAGCUCCGGUCAGGGACAAGACCGCCUUCCCCAGCACACAAAGUGGCCUUCCGUCUCAUCCUUGGACACUGUGUCCGAAAGCACCGCGCCCACUUCUCCCGGGGGCCUGGCCCCUCCGCCCCCCCAGGGGGGCACCUUCAUCAAGGGGCACCGCCGCUCGGCCUCCUGUGGGGCUGCCUACCCUGCAGCCCCAAACACUGCGUCGUCCGCGGGCUCCGAGUGCCGCAUCAUCCGCGUGAGAAUGGCGCUGCAGGACGGGACCCUCUACAAGAGCAUCCUGGUCACCAGCCAAGACAAGGCCCCCGCUGCCAUCGCGAAGGCGCUGGAGAAACACAACCAGGAUCGAAGCCUGGCCUCCCAGUAUGAACUGGUGCAGCUUCUCCCAGACGGCCGAGAACUGGCUUUCCCACCAACGGCCAACGUCUUUUACGCCAUGAACAACUCAUGCCAGGACUUCAUGCUUCGAGCCAAGCAGCCGCGGGAGAAAGCGCUCCCACGGACAGCCACACCACCAGCCGCUCCCAGGAGCCCUACGCCGAGGCGGGUGGAAAUCAGUGCCACCUUCCCCAAGAUCAAGGCCACCGGCCGCAAGAUCGCCAAAGCCUUGUUCUGAGGCAGAUGAGGAAAGGCCUCCUCUCCCACGGGGGACCUGAACUCGGACCCAGUGGGCAAGAAAGCUGCACACUGAUGAUACAUUGGUUUUGCUCCCCGAUGCGUCAAAAUCGGUGCCCGUCAUGACAACUAUUGUGACACUGGAUGAACACUGGUCUUCCCAAGGAACUGGACGCCUCACGUAGAUUUCGGAGCCAGGGAUGGCAAUCGGCGCUGCGCAGGUCUACUUAUUUUCAGCGUUCAGGACAUCUCAACUGAUAGACACCGUAAAGCUGCACAAAUGAUACAUUUGACUACUUUAAGCACCAAAGAGUUUCCAUUUUGCGAUGUCUGCCGUGCACUUCCUCUUGGCGUCAUGGCUGACGUCCUGUUUUUUGCAAGAGUACCUGUCUGCUUUUGGGUUUGGCUCCUAUGCUCCCACCCCAUGCCUUAACUCUGUGACUGUUUGCAGUGAAACUGCGGAAUGAUGCUGUCGUUCUGAGGCCUUACUUCCUGCGUAGAUAGGAAGCGCCAUUGCGGUGGUUACGGAGGUGGCCAUCUUAGGCGGCCCAGAUGCUGAGCUCGUUUGUGGUCUGCUCUAUCCAUGGGAAGUUUCAACAGAGCAGUCGGGGGAAAGCAGAGCGAUUACGGACACUUUUGCAUAUUAAGCUAACGCAAAAACCAAAAUGGAGUCAGAAGGGGAUGGGGCGGUUUUCUCAGGGAGAUUCUCAGCCAAAGAGCCCACCUUCUUCUGCAAAGCUCAGCAUCAGUGCGCUUGGCUUCUGGGUGCAAUUAAACACUAAUUACUGUUGGCUUUUUGUGGGUUUUUCAGGUUCUGUGGCCAUGUUCUAGUAGUUCCUGACGUUU